GCGCGCGCGCGGCGCAUCCUGACGGCCGGUCGGCAAGUCUCGCGGACGUGCAUUCGAAAAAUGGCCGACAGCGGGGAUGGUGUGAGCAAUACGUCGUCCGGGAAAGAGACAAGAAAUAUGCUGCACGAUGGCCCGGUCACCGAUCCGGCCUCCAACACGAAGAGCCUAGAGGCAUCAAAUAAUGCCUUUCACGGCGCGAGAACGAAAUUAGACUCCAAGUCCGGAGCGCUGAAGAAGUCCAGCCGCUACCGCAGCCGCUCCUUGUCGGCCAGCAGCACCGAUAGUUACAGUUCCGGUACGGACGCACAACUCGCAUCUUAUACAGGAAGCUCGUCCGACGAGGAUGACGUGUCGCCGCGCGAGAAGAUCCAGAAGACUGAGAGGGGCUUCACGGACUUCUGUGUGCGCAACAUCGAUCAGCACGCCUUCGGUCGCAGGGAGAUCGAGAUCGCCGAGCAGGAGAUGCCGGGGAUCAUGGCGUUGCGGAAACGCGCCGCUGACGACAAGCCGCUGAAGAACGCCAAAAUCGUGGGCUGCACUCACAUCAACGCGCAGACCGCUGUCCUGAUCGAGACGCUGGUGGAGUUGGGAGCACAGGUACGAUGGGCGGCAUGCAAUAUUUAUUCGACGCAGAACGAGGUGGCCGCGGCGUUGGCGAACGCUGGCUAUCCGGUGUUUGCGUGGCGCGGCGAGACCGAGGAGGAUUUCUGGUGGUGCAUCGACAAGUGUGUGGCCGCUGAGAAUUGGCAGCCCAAUAUGAUACUGGACGACGGCGGUGACGCCACGCACUUGAUGCUCAAGAAGUACAACGCCAUGUUCAAGAUGAUCCAAGGAAUCGUCGAGGAGAGCGUAACGGGCGUGCAUAGACUGUAUCAAUUGUCCAAGGCAGGUAAACUUUCUGUCCCUGCGAUGAACGUGAACGACAGCGUGACGAAAACCAAGUUUGAUAAUCUUUACAGCUGUCGCGAGAGCAUCAUCGAUAGCUUAAAGAGAUCCACCGACGUCAUGUUCGGCGGCAAGCAGGUUGUAAUAUGCGGCUACGGGGAGGUCGGAAAGGGAUGCUGCCAAGCCCUCAAGGGCUUGGGCUGCAUCGUGUAUAUCACCGAGAUCGAUCCCAUAUGCGCAUUGCAAGCCAGCAUGGACGGCUUCAGAGUGAUGAAACUCAAUGAAGUCAUUCGAAAUGUAGACAUUGUUAUUACAGCGACGGGCAAUAAAAACGUGGUGACGCGCGAGCACAUGGACAAAAUGAAGAACGGAUGCGUGGUGUGCAACAUGGGUCACAGCAACACCGAGAUUGACAUCAACAGUUUACGUACGCCUGACCUGACAUGGGAGAAAGUGAGGUCGCAAGUGGACCAUGUUAUCUGGCCGGACGGCAAGCGUAUUGUCCUUCUAGCGGAAGGCCGUCUGGUAAACUUGUCGUGUUCGAGCAUACCGUCGUUCGUCGUGUCUAUUACCGCCGCUACGCAGGCGUUGGCCCUGAUCGAGCUGUUCAAUGCGCCACCGGGACGGUACAAGAGCGACGUUUAUUUGCUCCCGAAGAAGAUGGAUGAGUACGUCGCCUCGCUGCAUUUACCCACGUUCGACGCGCAUCUGACGGAAUUGACGGAUGAGCAAGCGAAAUACAUGGGCCUCAACAAGGCGGGUCCCUUCAAGCCUAAUUACUAUCGCUACUAAAAACCAAUGGGCGAGUAAUGUGGCAUUGACUAGCACGUGCGACACUCACUCAGCAUUACACACUUCUUCACAAGUAUUAAAACCAACAGUCACCAACAACCUUCUUACCAUCGCAAACCUCUGGCUCCGCAUCCUUCUCCACUUUGUGCCGGUUGGCUUUCUUUCAUCCCACGCCAAGUUUUCUUAUCGUUGAAUCGAUAGAGAAAGAGAGACCUUUUAUUUAUGGUUCAACCUUCGCGGAGAUUCGCGCGACGUGAAUUCCGUUGUUAUUAUCCGUGCUAAUCACCCGCAAAGAAUGCGUUAAUAACGUAGUGAACACACACACAUACACACACACACACAUACACUUGAUCCAGCAGUUACCCAAUAACCGAUAUUAGAAACGACUAGAGCUGGGCACGAGUAUCUGGCAGAAAGAAGAAGUACGUCUUUCCGAGAUACAUGAGAUAUACUUCCGAUACACGCUGUGUAUGUGUCUUGUCUCUUUUCGGAGAUAUUUGUUCCAAGUUCGCAUAUAUCCGCGAUACUGCCCAGCACUGGCAAUAGCAUAGUUUUGGACGUGUGUAUGAUUAACAGUUUCGUAACAGUUUUCCUCUUCGAGAUGCGCGAGUGUACAGCCCACAGUUGUUAAAGUGAAUUGAGAGAAAGGAAGAGUGAGAGAGAGAGAGAGAGUGAGAGAGAGAGAGACUCUGAAAAAUUGUCAGACUACGCACGCAAACCGAAUCGAUCGAAUACUGUAGAUACAAACACGAGUGUUGUAUAGUUCGCAAAGCCGGAGAGCCAAUUGAGAGAAAUUGUAUCUGUCCAUUAGACGCUACGUUCAGUAAGUUUUAACAUUAGUUUGUAAAGAGUAACAAACGUUUUAAAUGAAAUAUAUCGGCGGGAGCUUAUACAUGUAUAUAAAGUGGUGUGUAACGCGGCGCGUUUGUGUACGAGAGGUGGAUUCAAAGAUCCAUUCAAUGUUGCGACGACGUCAGAGCGCUGAUUUUUAUCUCGAUACUCGAGAGAACUUGCUGUCGCGAGACCGGAGAGAACACGCCGCACGAAUAUGUCUGAGAAGCCGUCUUCGGCCGCUCGCGAUCAUACGUUACACACGAAUCUGUAUACAUGUGUACGUUUGACUUCCUAGCGCGGUGCGUGCGCGCGUGUGCUGAUGAUGCACAUUAGUCAAUGAAUUUGUUGUGCCCUUAAUAGUAAUGAGGUUUACAUGCAUAUACAUAUAUAUAUAUAUAUAUAUAUAUAUAUAACGUGCGCGCGGUGUGUGCUCAGCAGCGUAUAAACGAUAUACAACAUCAGCCGCGACUAUUUAUACACCAUCCUUUUCCCCCCCAAUGCCGCCAUAUGCCGCGGGUAUAUGGCUAUGUACGACUAACCCGAAAGCCGUGUACAUAAUUAUUUAAGAUGGAAGAUUAUUAACACACGAGAUAGGUGAUAAGCGAACUGUAGAUUAUUAUUAGCCUGUUAAUCAAUCUCUGGUUAUUAUUGUUACCUUUGCCCGAAGCGCGCCCCCCCGCGCGAGGAGCAAGAUCGAUUUGCAUACCCCAUGAUUAGGAGAGAAAUAAAUGCCUACCACAUUUAGAGAAUUAA